UAUUACAUAAUACGUGUCAAUAUUGAGACAUUUGCACUUACUUUCCACGAGAAGAAUGAGUCUAUUGUUACCAAUAUUGUUUGUUUCUUGUCACGGAUUGCUGUUAGAUCCACCAGCAUCAGCAGGCAGUGGGUUUUGUUCUUAUCCCUGCAAACUACAAGAUAACCUCUUUUAUAAUGAAGCUGCAAACGACACGGUUAUUACUCCAAACCCGUAUACACUGGAAUUAUCAACACAGCAAAAUAAUAAGAUAAUUUGCUUUGAGAGAUCUGGAUCUUUCAUUGUAAACAGACGAGGGGCCAAUAAUGACACAUAUAGAUGUAUAAAGAUCAUUGAUGUAUGCGACGAUGCAAUAGUAGUGAUACAGACAAAACUUUUUACAAUGACGACUCCGCCAAAACUUUGUGAGAUCUGUACACCCGACAAGCUGACAUCACAACCUGAACUAUGGGUUUCGAUGAGUAAAACAUUACUAAAAUGCAACGUGCCAUCUACAUGUUCUAAAACUAGUGGCACUGACUGGAGAUGCACUGGGUCAGAGAGUAAUACUCCAGAUAACGGUCAAAGUUGUAAAACACAUGGCUAGCAAUGACACAGAAAUGGUAUACUCACGAAGGAUGGUCGACAGAGUAUGGAAUGACACUAUAGUGACAAAAUAGAGUUUGAUAUUAUGAAAACAAUUACAUUAAAAUUAGUUCAUAA